AGGACACUGAUCUUCAUGUGACAGUGGGUUGGCAAUGGCAACACUCCGGCCCCUCCCAGUGUCCAGCCCCUGAGGAGGUUGCUGAGGUUAGCAACAGAAAGCACGAUUGGACAGAAGAAGUGGAAGAAGGAGAGAACCAAACAACCUUCUGUAGAGUGACAAUACAUUAGAGUGAACCUGAACUCACUUCUUCAUUUGCUCUGUAGUUGGCAGUGGGACCAUUUCCUGGGCAUCGGGUAUAUAAACAGGAAGUGGUUAGUGGUGGUGGGGCCUGCUAAUAAUUAAAGGGAUAGGCUUGUUGGUGGAGGGGGAGUGUCUGCACGUGUAGCGAUGCGUGUAGAGACGAGGAGGCCCCUUCCCUGCUACCUGACGCGGACUCUGGCUGUGACCUUCAACGUGCCCCCGGCCCCACCAUGCUGAACAAUGCCUCCCUGGUCUACAUCGCCCUGGAGCUGGUCAUAGCCUGUCUGGCCGUGACCGGUAACCUACUGGUCUGCUGGGCCGUGUGCCUCAACAGCACCUUGCAGAGCAUCACCAACUACUUUGUGGUGUCCCUGGCGGUGGCAGAUAUCGCUGUGGGCUUGCUGGCCAUCCCCUUCGCCAUCACCAUCAGCACGGGCUUCUGCGCCAACUUCCAUGGCUGCCUGUUCAUCGCCUGCUUCGUGUUGGUGCUCACCCAGAGCUCCAUCUUCAGCCUGCUGGCCAUCGCUGUGGACCGCUACAUCGCCAUCAAGAGUCCCCUCAGGUGAUGCCCUUAGCAGGGGAGGAGAGGGAGGGGAGUGUGUGGGGGGAGGUGGGGGGGGGGGGGGGGGGGGGUUGUUUGGGGACUGGGCUGAGUAUGAAACAUAAACAGGUAUCAUCGAUGUUUAAUAUGUUGUUUUAUUUACAGAACACCAAAGGCAGAUCCUCUGGCCUGUUAGAGCUUGGCUGUGAUCUAAGUGACGCACAACAAAAUGCAUUUGUGUAUCAAAACACAUUGAAUUAUAGCGAGGUUAUUCGAUUAGGGCAGACUGAGGUAAAUGUCUCCACAGGCUUCAUUGGGUUAGUGUUUGUGUGUUGUUGGAAGGAUUAAAACGGCUAAAGGCUUUGAUCAUUAUCAUCCUGGUAAAUCAACACAAAGGGAGAGCGGUGAGGUGGCAGGCCCAGGCACUGUAUCGAUAGACAGGCCUGUGUUCUCACCUUAAACAGCCCUGGAUCCCCCUAGCAGAAACGUGCAUACGCUCACGUAGCCUCUCCGUCAGUGUGACGGAGGUGGACACCAGAGCAUUGUCAUCCCUCCUCUUAAAUGUAUAGUCAUUUUCCCCAAAGAAUGUAGGGAAAAUAGUUCAUUUCCUUACAAUUAAAUGUACAUUUAUAGUCUUUUGAGUCUUUCCUUUAAUAGCAAAAUGGAGAUUGUUUAUAGAUAACAAUAACUGUUUUUGUCUGUGAGGAAUAAACUAUAUUUAUGUGGUUGUCAAGUAGGGUUAGAUGAGUUGAUAAUUUUGACAAUUAUUUGUUGUCUUUAUUUGUUAUGUCUUUAUGUGUUGUAUGUGGAAUGUCCCAUGUGCCUCUUCAAUUCUAUACCGGUCUGUGACUGUGUAGCAGAUGGGGAUCUGUCAAACUCACUCCUCAGCCUGAAUUUUGUCUCCACUUGCGCUGCCGAAUAGCUAGUUUUUCAGUGGUGUAACUGGGCGCUUCAGGAGGGUUGUCACGUGUGUUUACAAGGCAGAAGUCCUGGGUUGGAGCCUCCGUAUGAGCUGAAUCAGUAGUAAGCGGUUCUCGCUAAGCAAGCAGCAUGAAGUCCUUUACAACUGCAAUGACCCUACAAUGUUGACUAACAGCCAAGUUAGGACUAAAAGUACUUUAUCUUUGAGAGAGAAUGUGACAAAAACGUUUUACGGUCGCUGAACCCAGAGCCUGUCAAGAGUGCUUCUGGCACUAUUUGGUUUACAGAGAGAGAGAGAGCGAGAGAGAGAGAGAGAGAGCUUUGUGUUUUUCUGUUUUCCAGCUCUCAGUCAGGGUGUGAUGGCAGGUAGAUAAUCCUGCCUGUUAUCUGCUCAACACCAGUCAUUAGGAACAUUAACUGCAAAAAAUUGCCCGCAAUAAAAGUCUAGAUAGCUAGUUUAUUAGGAUGCUAUGUAAUGUUAGGUUAAUAAGGCACUCAAGCUUGCAAAAGGGACAAAUAUGUAACUUUGAACAUAUGUUAAGGGUUAGGUUUUCCUGCCAUUCUAUAAAAAUAUAAAUAAAUUAACUAAACAACAACUUGUUUUAAAUAGGCUAUGUCACACUUACAGGCACCAUAAUUUCUCCCCGUGGGCAUAUAAUAUUAUAACAACGCAGACUAUGGAGGUUUUUAUGCACAUCCAAAACGGGACCGGCAUGGCUAAAAUAAUGUGGGCUUGCCUACAAUGCAUAGAUAAAAAGGGAAUGUCAGCUCACUGUUUUACUCCUCUCAAACUUUAUAUUUUAAUAAAGCUUUGGUGAUUAAGAUUUAUUUCCAAGCGGUCUCAGGAGCCAAACCCUUUAUAGACAGUCUUGACUACUUCGCUAUUGCAUUGGGCAGACAAAGAAAAGCCUUAAUUGAGAGGGGGGAGGCUUUGCUUGGAUUCUAAUCAAAUAAAACGAAAUGGGAAAAAACUUUCGUUUUUAUGUUUCUAAAUACGAAGUAUACAGGCACCAAAAGCACAUUAGGCUACUGUUCCAUACGCAUAUGCCCAGUGUGCGUCACAGCUGGAUAGGCUGUUUCCGUUGUCAAAAUUAAUUCCAUAACCAACUGUGUUACCGCUAAAACCAGCUUUUGGUUGGUCUUAAAUAUCGCCACCCCCAUAACCACAAACAACAGGGUGCUGUGCCUGUGGCGCUGCCCUUUGAGAUUUCCACCCUGUUGUACAUUAUGAACUCUGGUUUAGACAUGGCCAAUGGAAGAAUACAGACAGCUAAACUUGAUAAUAGCCUGAUACUUUGUUCAUGACGACAACACUGAUUUCCAUUUGUCUAAUGUCUGAGGCAGAAACAAGCAAAGCCAAGAAGGGUUACAUCAGAGUAUAGAUAAGCUUUUGUGCAAUGUUCCCUAAAUCACAAUACAGGUAGGAAAUGCUUUAUUAAGUCUACAUAUGGUGAUAUCCACUGCUCCAUCUCCUAGUAUGGCAGGACUGGUCGAGUCUGUCAAACAAUGGACUAAUUUCCCAAGAGGUUACUGCUAUAUAUGCAGAUACUAGUAUGUUCUCGGGAUAAAGGAUUUUUAUCCUCUUAAGCCUGUCCCAUACAUUCUUUAAGCUCUCUGAUUACAGGAAGUAGAAGUCAUUGGUUGGGUCCAGGAAAGGUGAACAUGCUUUGUUAUUGAGUUUGACUGGGAAUGUCUGGGCUUGAAUAAAGGAACAUUUCUGUGUCAUGUAACAAUAUAAAAUGGCUAUCUUGAAUUCCUCUCGUGUUUUCAUGUGAUCCUUUAGGUAUAACAGUCUUGUGACGGCUGGGAGAGCGAAGGGCAUCAUCGCAGUGUGCUGGGUUCUCUCUGUGGGCAUCGGCCUCACGCCCAUGCUGGGCUGGAACAUUGGUGUCAAUGUCACCAACAGCAGCUCGUGCCCCAAGGGCAUGACAGAGUGCCUGUUCGAGGGUGUGGUCACCCUGGACUACAUGGUCUACUUCAACUUCUUUGGCUGUGUGCUGGUGCCCCUGCUGGCCAUGCUGGCCAUCUACGCCCGCAUCUUCAUGGCGGCGCGACGCCAGCUGAGACUGAUGGACCUGAAGCUGGCUCACAUGCACGCCCCUGGGGCAGGCUCGUCAUCCACAUCGACCCGCUCCACCCUGCAGAAGGAGGUCCACGCAGCCAAGUCUCUGGCCAUCAUCGUGGGGCUGUUUGCCCUCUGCUGGCUGCCCCUGCACAUCAUCAACUGCUUCAACCUAUUCUGCCAGGACUGUGGUCGCCCGCACAUCUGGGUGAUGAACAUCUCCAUCAUCCUGUCCCACGCCAAUUCCGUGGUCAACCCCUUCAUCUACGCAUACCGCAUCCGGGAGUUCCGCCACACCUUCCGCAGGAUCCUGCAACAGCACAUUUUGGGGCACCAGGAGGGGCAUCGAGCUGGGGGAGGGGGUGGCAGAGGGCUGGGUGGCAGCAGCAGUAUCAUGCGUGCCUCUACUCGCAUCAGCAUGGUGGACAGCUUGUGUGGCACCAUGGUGAACAGUUAUGCCCUGGAGCCCUGCCCCAAACUCAGCCCCACUCGGUCCUCCAUAGAGACCCAUAGAGCUGGGAAAGAGGCUUACUCUGCCUCCUGCCAGUGGUCACCACCACGGUCAGACCCUUCACCAAUCAGCUCCAUCAAAAACGAACACCACAAAGGGGAUGCCCCAGUGUCUCCCAAGCAGCAGCAAUGCAACAUGGGAUGUGAGGUCCAAAGUGGGGUUGAGACUACAACAGAGUUGAUGGAGGUGAAGGACAGUGGGAACAUAUCCUUUGUGCACAUCAGGCCUCUGUCCCCCACACUAACCAGCCCUAACCACACAGUAGAACUCACUGAGGUGUCA